CAUCUAGAAUUAGUACUGACUGACCCCUAGCAGUGACUCAAUUCCCAACUGAAGUAGUCGGUUGCUAAUCGAAUCGAUUACGAUGCCAGCGCCAGUAGCAGUGUGCGUCGUUGCGGCUAUUGCAGGUGUCGCUGCUGUUAUUGCUUUCCAUGAGUUCGUCUUUGAACCCCACAUCGCCCCCGCCAUCGAGCGCUGGGCAGAGGACUUCCUCGCCAAACGUCGUGCUCGACGCAGAGGUCCUGUUCCUUCGGCAUCCACCCGAGGGUCUGGAGAUGGUCACCCAGGCCCCAGCGGUGCUGAUCCGAGGAAGAGGACCCCUGCGGGAGAUGAAGACUCUAUCGAAUUACAAGGCCUCGACCUCAACGCAUGGCUGAACCAGGUCCAUCGCACCGCCCCACACACAAGUAUGAGGCGGAGAGCCACAGUGAUUCAUGAUACAGACGAAGGGAGUAUAUCUACCACGAUAGACUCCUUCACAUCCCUCACGCACACUCCGCUCGCACCUACCCAUGUCAUCUCCAAUGUCUCCUCCCCAUUCACAGAAACCCUCUCUAUGUCAGCCCGCACACCCGCCCGUGCCCAUUCCCGCGCCUCUUCUCGUACCGCAAGAGACGGCGAGCGCGAGGUUAACACUACUUUAUUUAACGCCCCGUCUUCCCCUUCGUCAUCUGCACCCCCUAGUCCGCCAUUCGGUCCCAUCCUCCCAGACACACCCCGCACUAGCGCUGCCUACUCUGCUCGCCCAUUCUCCCCGGUUGUGCGCACACCCGUGCGUUCUCGCGUACCAUCGAGCAGGUCUUCUUUGCAGCACUCGAGCUCGCGUAUCUGCGUGGAUGUGCAGGGCAGGCGUGUGGACAUUGACGUAGUGGGCGAGCACUUAAACAGCAGCGUCAACACGAGUAUGCACGAAGAUAUGAGCGCAAACACGAGCGUUGUGGAUUCACUGUCAGAACGUUACCCCGCCGCCUCCGCUCCACCUGUUCUGCUCUCCCCGCCUCCAUCAGACACUGUCUUCUCCUCCCCCAGCACAGACGUCCUGAGCCUUGGGAGCAGUGGUAGCUGCCCUGGCUCGCCAUUUGACUUGGUCUCCCCGCCUGUUCGUAUCGGCGAAGUGCACCUCUCCCCGCCCGAGCAGCAUGCAUCCCUCUCAGGUGCUGCGAGCUCCCUGUCUCCCUUGAUGAUGAGCGAGCAUGAGUUUGUGUCGUUUGGCGAAGCAUCAAAUGCGGUUGGGGAGGAAAUCUUGGCGUCGCGAAGCGGAAGUGCGCGCCUGCAUAAUCCGUUUUCAGAUUUUGAUGAGGGGAAUGAUUCUGACAGUGACAGUGAGGGGAGUGGUAGUGAUGGGAGUUGGGGACGGGUGCGUGUGGGGCGGAGCUGAUGUGGCUGGUACUUGUCUUGCUUCGAGGGUGAGUACGUAUUAUUAGAACAAGAUGGAUUGGUGGCGUAGUGUGCGUGGUUCCUUUUUCUCUUCCUCUAUACCGUCUGAUUCUCUAUUUUGUUGUCGUCUCUUACUCGUAUUGUUCCAUCGCUGUGUUUCUUCUCGCAUUUUACUUUCCCUCAUCGUGAUUGCUGCAGCUUGUGCAUGGU